AUGGCGUUGGAUAUUCGCGUUUCGGCAAUGAAAACCCCGAUAGAUAUCGCCGAGUAUCUGUUUACUCGACUACAUCAAUUGGGUGUACGAACCAUACAAGGGGUUCCUGGAGAUUAUAACCUAGCGGCCCUGGAUUAUAUCCCAAAGGUUGGGCUCACAUGGGUUGGGAACUGCAAUGAAUUGAACGCCGGAUACUCUGCCGAUGCGUACGCUCGGAUAAAAGGAAUUUCAGCAAUUAUUACAACAUUUGGGGUAGGCGAACUGUCCGCGUUGAAUGCAAUUGCCGGGGCAUAUUCAGAGCAUGUGCCGGUUGUGCAUAUUGUUGGCCAACCCAGCACAGCGUCGCAGAGGGAUGGCAUGCUACUCCACCAUACCCUGGGUAAUAGUGACUAUAAUGUUUUUACUAACAUCAGCGCCAACCUCGCUAUCAUGGUGGCUAAGAUCACGGAUCCGCACGAUGCACCUGCAUUGAUUGAUCAUACCCUGCGCGAGUGCUGGAUACAAUCUCAGCCAGUGUACAUUGCUUUACCCACCGACAUGGUCCAGCAAAAGGUUGAAGGAGAACUGCUUCUCUCUCCAAUUGACCUUACUGAGCCUUUGAAUGAACCAGAGGAGGAGAGAUAUGUUGUUGACGUUGUGAUGAAGUAUCUUCAUGCCGCCAAAAGCCCGGUUAUCCUGGUUGAUGCUGGUGCAAUCCGCCACAAUGCGCUUGAGUAUGUGCAUGAGUUAAUUCAGAAAUCUGGUUUCCCAACCUUCGUCACUCCGAUGGGGAAGGGGGCAGUGGAUGAAACACUACCUAACUUUGGAGGUGUAUAUGCGGGGACUGGUUCCAACGAGGGCGUCGCUGCGAGGGUAGAGUCGGCCGACUUGAUCCUGAGCAUUGGGCCAUUGAAAUCAGACUUUAAUACGACGGGAUUCUCAUACCGAACCAGCCGGCUGAAUACGAUUGACUUUUACAGCGACCAUGUCCAGGUCCGGUAUUCCCUGUAUCCGAAAGUGAGGAUGAGAGGCAUUCUAGAAAAGGUCAUUCAGGAAAUUGGGGGAGUAAGCAUCAGCCCAACAUCCUCGUCGUUCUGCAACACAAUCCCCAGUGGCAUCAUCGAGUCCAGGGAUGGGCCCAUCACUCACUCUUGGCUAUGGCCUGUGGUUGGUAAUUGGCUACGGGAGGGCGAUAUUGUCAUUACCGAGACAGGUACUGCAAACUUCGGAAUAUGGGAAGCGAGAUUUCCUAGGGGUGUCACAGCGAUCAGUCAGGUCCUCUGGGGUAGCAUUGGGUAUUCUGUAGGCGCAUGCCUUGGGGCUGCAUUGGCCGUCCGAGAAGCUGAGAAUCGGCGAGUAAUACUUUUUGUGGGAGAUGGUAGCUUCCAGAUGACGGCGCAGGAAGUGAGCACAAUGAUACGUCAAAACUUGAACCCUAUCAUAUUUGUGAUCUGCAACGACGGGUACACUAUCGAACGGUAUAUACACGGCUGGGGGGAGGAGUACAAUAAUAUCCAGCCUUGGAAGCACGCCGCCCUGGUCCAGGCAUUUGGAGCUGAAGGUCCACAUCACUACAGCACCUACCAGGCUUCAACCCGGAAUGAACUUACAUUGUUGCUUAACAACCAGCAGUUCGCCUUUUGCCCUCAUUUUCAGCUUGUAGAAUUGUAUAUGCCGAAAGAUGAUGCACCGGCGGCUCUCAAACUUACAGCAGAAGCUGCAGCGGCGAGGAACUCACAGGCGGUGGAGUAA